ACUUCAAUGGAGUUGCGACAGGCAAAAAAUGUUUCUGUUCCAAGUGAAGUUAAUUAUCUAGGUAAAACAAGGACUUCAGCUGGUACUGCAACUAUGCUAGCAGUGAAGACACUUCUAAGGAUCUUCUGAGACAUUCAGAAAGAAACUGCAAAGACUGACUAUUUCUUCUGCUGCAAUCAAACAGUUCAACAAUGGCCAUCACUGACAUCCUUUCUGCUAAAGAUAUUGAAUCUGCUCUCUCCAGCUGCCAGGCUGCGGAUUCCUUCAAUUACAAGUCUUUCUUCUCCACGGUUGGUUUAUCCAGCAAAACCCCUGAUCAGAUAAAGAAGGUUUUUGGAAUCCUUGAUCAGGACAAGAGCGGUUUCAUCGAGGAAGAAGAGCUUCAGCUGUUUCUGAAGAAUUUCUCUUCAAGUGCCAGAGUCCUCACUUCUGCAGAGACCAAGGCUUUUCUGGCUGCAGGUGAUACUGAUGGCGAUGGCAAAAUUGGAGUAGAAGAAUUCCAAUCUCUGGUGAAGGCAUAAACAGCAUUAGACCAAAGGCAGCCUUGGACUGACUCUUCCAAUUACCUCGUCCAACAAGCACUUCGCACUCAGCAUGUGUUUGUACAUUUUUAUAUUGUUUCAGGCAUUAGCAAUUCCCCAU